AUGGCAGACCCUUCGACCUACGCUGUUGGGUGGAUCUGUGCCUUGACAACAGAGCUAGUUGCGGCGAAAAGCUUCUUUGAUGAAGAAUACGAAGUGACUCUGGAAGCACAAGCUCCUGGAGACAACAACUGUUAUUCCUUUGGGAGAAUGGGGAGGCAUGACGUUGUCGUGGCAUCUUUACCAGCCGAGUACGGUAUAGCCCCAGCUGCCUCGGUAGCAAGGGACAUGUUACGAACCUUUCCCAAUAUUCGAGUUGGGCUUAUGGUCGGUAUUGGUGGUGGUGCUCCAAGCCCCCGGCAUGAUAUUCGUCUUGGAGACAUCGUAGUCAGCGUCCCUUCGGGAGACAAAGGGGGAGUUCUACAUCACAACCGCGGCAAGACAGUACAGCAGCAAGGGUUCCAGUUAACUGGGUCAUUGAACCAACCACCACAGCUUCUAUUGUCCGCUGUGAAGGAACUGAGAGCGAAUUACGGAAUCCACGGGCAUGAACUGAACGAAAGAAUCGAAGAAGUACUGAAUAAAUACCCUCGCCUCAAGAAACGGUAUGCUCGCCCCUCAGCAGCGAAAGACAGGCUCUAUGAAUCAAGCCACACUCAUCGAGAAUCCCCAAAAUCUGCAGAAUGCAAAGACAACUGUGGUGAAGAAAACCUCAUCGCUCGGGAGGCUCGAGGAGAAGAAGACCAAGACCCGAUGAUCCAUUAUGGUCUCAUUGCCAGCUCUGACAAUCUCAUUAAGGAUGCAACUAUCCGGGAUAAGCUAGCCAGGGAGGAGGGAGUAUUGUGCUUUGAGAUGGAAGCAGCUGGUUUGAUGAAUCACUUCCCCUGUCUGAUUAUCCGUGGGAUCUGCGACUAUUCCGACACACACAAGAACGAUGAAUGGCAGGAAUUUGCGGCCAUGACCGCUGCAGCAUAUGCGAAGGAGUUGCUUCAGAAGAUUCCACCAACCAAAAUACAAAAGGAGAAGUCUCUUGCGAAGGUACUUGGCGAAAUCGGAAUUGAAUUGGAAAAUAUUACCACAAAUGUGGAAGACACGAAUGCUACCGUGAACACGAUGCAUGCAUCUAAUCGCCGCCUGGAGAUAGAGCGCUGGCUUAAGCCACCAAGAUCGUCAACAAACGUAGCUAAAGCCAAAAAGCACCGCCAUGAUGGCACUGGUCAGUGGUUCAUCCAGGGUCAGGCUUUCAUGAAGUUUAAGGCAGGCUUACGGAAGCAUUUAUGGCUCCAUGGAUUGGCUGGCUGCGGGAAAACUGUACUAAGCUCACAAAUCCUCGACGAUCUCAGUGCUAUAGAAGGAUCCAUCACCCUAGUACACUACUUCGACUUCAACGAUGUUGAGAAACAAUCUGUCAAUGGUCUUCUGCGGUCACUAGUAUUCCAGCUUUUUCAACAUGGAGGAGAAGCCACAUCUGAAAAGCUUCAUGAGCUAUACAAGUCCUGUGGAAGGGGCUUAAGAGACCCGGACGAG